GUCGCGGCCAGAAGAACCCUAGUCGCGAGGCGACGGCGGCGGCGAGGGGAGGCGUCGCGUCGCGGCCGGCCAGGGUGGGGCCCGCGGGGGGUAGCGGUGACCCCGGGGGGAGGCACUUGCUCCGCUGCCUCUGCUGCUCUUUCCCGCCGCCGCCGUCGUGCUUGCUGCAUCUAUGAAGAUAGAGAAAGCAAAUGCAGGGUUUCUAACAAACUUUGAAGUGCUUGACUUCUUACGAUCUAGAGGUGCUAAAACCGAUCCUAUGGGAUGUUUGGGGGCUGUUGCUGCUUCAGAGUGUAAGGUAUAUGAGUACCUGUUGAAAACUCCUUCUUGCAACCAGACAAGGGAAUCAAUUAACGAAUUUGUGACCAGAUGUGAUACCUUCAAGCUUACAAAUGCUGACAAGCUAAAUGUAAUCAAUUGGAGACCAUCCUCGGCUGCUGACGCCUAUGCGAUGAUAGAAGAAUGUGGUAAACGAUUUUCCAAGGACGAUCGAGGAGAGGCAUGCAAUGAAGAUGAACGAGUUGAGGAAUUCUUGGAGCUAGUGAAGGAAGCUUUCCCAUCACCCCCUCCAAAGCCAGAGGAAAUGACAGAGUGAAUGUGGUAGAACUGUAUAAGUAUGUCCAAACGAGUGAGAGAUGCAAAUACUCAAUUCUUACUGUAGCCUGUCUUCUAGGGUCAUGUAUUUUGCUCUUGGAUAUUUGGUGACACUGGGGGUUUGGUAGCCAUCUACCUGGUUAAAUACAACUAUAUAUUUGAACUAGAAAUAGUAGUUAACAUCUGAUCUUCAUGACAGUUUGAAUCCAAGCCUGGUCCCUUCUCCUGUGGAGAUGAGCUAAAUAGAAAUUGUUACACUCAAGUCUCUGGCAUAUUACAUGCUGUGCCUGUGUGAACCUUUCUGUCCAAGUGAAAGAAAUGUGAACCUUUCUGUCCAAGUGAAAGAAAUGUUAUCUACCUAAA